CCCCGGAGUAAAAUUUACGACCAGCAGCUUUCGAGCUUCUAGCCGGUCUCGGCUAGCGCCGGAAAUGACUCCGGUGUCGGCGCGGGGGAGGCUUUCAUUUCACCCCCGCCAGAUCGUAUAUUUAUCCGCUCCUUUCUCAUUCUGGCUAUCUUUCUACUCUGACUCAAUAUCCCUUUUCCUCUUCCCGUUUCCAAUUCGCCAUGUCUACCUUUAACAUCGUCGUUUUCGCUGGUGACCACUGCGGUCCCGAGGUCACCGCUGAGGCCAUCAAGGUCCUUCGCGUCAUUGAGAAGAAGCGUGAUGAUAUCACCCUCAACCUUCAGGACCACCUGCUGGGCGGUGCCUCCAUCGACGCUACUGGCACUCCUUUGACGGAUGAGGCCCUGAAUGCCGCCAAGAACGCCGAUGCCGUGCUUCUGGGAGCUAUCGGUGGCCCUAAAUGGGGUACUGGAGCCGUCCGUCCCGAGCAGGGUCUCCUGAAGCUCCGCAAAGAGAUGGGCACCUUCGGCAACCUGCGUCCCUGCAACUUCGCCGCCCCUUCGCUGGUCGAGCACUCUCCCCUGAAGGCGGAGGUGUGCCGCGGCGUCGACUUCAACAUUAUCCGUGAGCUGACGGGCGGUAUCUACUUCGGCGACCGCAAGGAGGACGACGGUAGCGGCUACGCCAUGGACACGGAGCCCUACUCGCGCGCCGAGAUCGAGCGCAUCACCCGCCUCGCCGCCCACCUGGCUCUCCAGCACAACCCCCCGCUCCCCGUGUGGAGCUUGGACAAGGCCAACGUGCUAGCCACCAGCCGUCUGUGGCGCAAGACCGUCACCGAGGUCAUGGCCAAGGAAUUCCCCCAGCUCAAGAUCGAGCACCAGCUGAUCGACUCCGCCGCCAUGAUCAUGGUCAAGAACCCCCGCCAGCUCAACGGUAUUGUCGUCACCAGCAACCUGUUCGGUGACAUCAUCAGCGACGAGGCCAGUGUCAUCCCCGGCUCGCUGGGUUUGUUGCCCAGUGCCAGUCUUAGCGGUAUCCCUGAUGGCAAGAGCCGUGUCAACGGUAUCUACGAGCCUAUCCACGGCUCCGCCCCCGACAUCGCUGGAAAGGGUAUCGUCAACCCCGUUGCUGCCAUCCUCUCGGUGGCCAUGAUGAUGCAGUACUCGUUCGGCCGCUUCGAUGAGGCCCGCGCCAUCGAGGCUGCCGUGCGCAAUGUGAUCGAGUCCGGUCUCCGCACCGGUGACAUUGGCGGCAAGGCUACCACCAAGGAGGUCGGUGAUGCUGUUGCCGCCGAGUUGGAGAAGUUGUUGUAAGAAGACAUAAAAGUGUUAUUGGUUUUUUUUUUUUCUUCUUUUGUUCUGCUGUAUUUUGGGGGCAGUGAUGCCGAAUGAGAUAUGACCUUAAAUAAUACCAG